AUGGAGUCACGGUUCUGGGUGCUCUACAUGGUCACCAUGUCCCGGACUCUCUGUGUGGAGCUUGUGUUUUGCUGCUACCUCAGUGGGACUGUGUGUUCUCUGAUUCACUUGUGUUUAGCUCUUGAGAUCCCAUCCUUUAAAUCAAAUGUGAUUAACCACUUCUUUUGUGAUUUACCCCCAAUCUUUAACCUUGCCUGCUAUGAUGUCUCUGUUAAUAAGCUCAUGGUGUUCAUUGUGGCCGAUUUCAUUGAGAUCAUCACUAUCAUGAUCAUCCUCACCUCCUACUUGUUUAUUCUCAUCACCAUCCUGAGGAUGCACUCUGCACAGGGAAGACACAAAGCCUUUUCCACCUGUGCCUCCCACCUCACAGCCAUCAUUGUCUUACAGGGAACAAUUCUUUUCACUUAUUGCCGACCAAAUUCGGGCAACAGUGCGGAUACUGACAAAGUGGCCACAGUGUUCUACACAGUAGUGAUUCCCAUGCUGAACCCCCUGAUCUAUAGUGUGAGGAACAAGGAUGUGAAAGAAGCUCUCAGAAAAGUGGUGGGCUCCAAAACAUUUUCCUGGCGAAUAUUUUCUUAG